UUUAUUCCACAACAUGACAGUAGAAACUUUUACGACUUCUCGAUCUUCAUUCAUUUAGAAUGGAGUUUGUUUUGCCCUGAUCUCUAUCCCAACCUAUUAUGAUGACAGACGCUAUUAGUAGUCGUCUGCUACAGCUGAACGAACUGGUAGCCGAGGAAUCGCCUCUUCGUGGCCAAGAGUCUGCAGAAAUCGCGAGAGAUCUGAGGGCUCACUGUUCUCAACUUCGCGAUGAAUCAGAACUGGCUCGCUGUUCAUCUAUACUAUUUGAUGACAAGACUGGUAUCAUACGCUUCCUCCAUAAAACAAUAGCCAAUCAGGAGUUUGUUGAGUGCAAGACUGAGCUGCUCAAGUUUCUUCAGUCCUACCUUGGACAAUUAAACACUAGAGUGAAUCCUUAUGCUGUAGCAAUCAAGGAUAUCUGUAUGAAGCUGUUAUUCCAAGAGAGUAGUAGCAAAGUAAAGAUAGAGACAUUUCUACCACUUAUUCAGCUUAUGCAGACAAAGCUUGAAAGUUCCAUAAUUGACGAGAUGGACAUUCCAAAACUAAUUGACAGGUACUUCAAAGCUUGUCUGCAAUCAUCAAAACAACAGUCCACAGUGCGGUUUUGGUUGUACACUAUAUUGGGUGUCUUUGCGGAGGUCUUUCCUGAGCACAUGUUAGGGAAUGCGGACCGCUUGAUCAGCAUCUAUAUCAACUUGCUGAAUUCUGAGAUGAAAAGCAAAGGGAACAAGUCACCAGAUAAACAGGUUAUAGCUGGCUGCCUCAAGGGGCUCUCAUCAUACCUUGUCAACUUCACUCAGUCUGCAGCUGAAGGGUCAAAGUUUGCAAGAGAUAUCUAUGAGUUUACCAGAAUGGCUAUUGACGUCCAGGGUACUUUGCAAAGAUAUGAUGUCCCAAGAGCUGGUCUCAACCUGCUUAGCAGGCAUGCUGGUCAGUUUCAGGAGUACAUAUGUACGGAGCACAAUAUAGUCUAUCCAGCAAUCUACCGAUGGUGCUGUCACCAGAACCGUGAAACAAAAUAUGCUGCUUUGGACGCCAUGGACUCAUUCCUGAAGCAGGUAUCCGAGUACAUUGUUUUAGAUGAGGCAGAGGCUGUGAACCCAAAAGAGGUUUUUAAGGAUUUUAUCCAGCGAUUCCGAGCGAUAAUAGACUCUGAUUCAAGCACCACUCAGCAAAUGUCCAUUGCAAUCCGGGGCUAUGGGUUCUUUGCCAAGCCCUGUAAGCUGUUCAUGACUGCGGAAGAUGUCAAGUUCAUGUUCACAGAGAUGAUGCAAAGAAGUGAGCAGAUCUAUCUCAGACAAAGUGAGAUGCAAGAAGACAGAGUUCAGCAGCUUCCAAACUUCUUAGAAGCGCUUUCUUUUAUCAUCGAAGAGCUAGACGAUAUAUCUGAUGGAUUCCUUGUCUCUCUUGAGAGGCUAAUUAUUGUGUUGUUUGAGAGCUUUCCUCGCCUUAGUAAAAGCGCUAAAUACCUGUGCCACAAAGCUCUUGUCAAAAUGCUUAUCAACAUUUCUGCUAAGGGCUCUGUAUUGAAGAACUUCUUGUCGGAAGUGGUUUAUCAAGGGCUGAUCAGGACCUGUUCACACCCUGUUCUUUUAGAUGAGGGUCCGGAUGUCGAUAAACAAGUUGGUGUUGUUACGGGUAGUCGGUCAGACCAGGUGACCUUCAAGGACUACCUGCCGCUAUGGGAACACAUGCUGGACAAAACGAAAUUCAAGAGUCUUAGUUUGUCGGAUAUAGAGAAGCGCGAGUCCCUGCACGAGCUUGUUUAUGAUGAGCUUGUGGGCGCCAUCUUGAGAAUCAUCCACAAGCUAGACCUAACCUCAACUAAACAUGGACAACAGGACCUUCAGACAUCGAGUGGCCAGUUGUCAUCUGACCAGGAAGAGCAGGAGGAGACCACAUCUGACCCAGUGGCAGGUUUACAACCUCGGGUGCAGAAGGACUUUCUGGUCUUUAUCAAUCUUGUGGACUUUUGCAAGGCAUUGUUACCAGGGCAGAGCACCGACUCGUUUGGAAGAUGGGUUUAUGUCUUUGGACGUGAUUUAAUUGUCAGUUCUUCACGAUUCCCGGUUGUAUCUGGAUUUUACAAGCUAUUGGAAGUUUGCAUGAAGAUUUGCAAAAGACUUCGUUUUUUCCAGAGCAUCAGGGCGGAGUAUGAGGUGACUGCCGAUGACAUGGAGAUAGUCGACACCUCAGACUGCACCAACUGCUUCAUUCUCUUCAGGAAGUUCAUCAAAGAGGUUUUGAUCAAGAUGAAGCAGUUCAAGGAGGACCUGCUCUCAUCGUGCCUCAGUCUUGUACUCUCUCUGCCUUACGAGAUUGUGGCUGUGGAUGUCGCAGCCAUUGUGCCGGCUCUUGAGCUGACCUUUAAGCUUGGGCUGAGCUACCUCCCCUUAGCACAAGCAGGCCUGGCCGCUCUAGAGGAAUGGAAUGCGUCUCUACCAGGAGAUGUGCUGCGUCCUCAUCUUCGUAAUAUCCUGCCUUAUUUGGAUGGCUAUUUGAAGAGCGCCACUGAUGCCGUUGAGGAAGAGCAAGACCAAGUUUCAAGAAGGACGGCAACGUUGAGGAGUACAUACUCCAGACUGGGAAAGAUUGUGAAGCCCGGAGAACAACCCCGGAAGGUAGGCGAGUCUUCUCUUGUCACGAUCCGUGUACAGAUUCUCCGGCUGCUGGGUCAGCUUGGCGGCCAUACGAACCUGUGCCUGCUUGGGUCUGAUGGCGGGGUGGAUUCGGGUAGCGCUGUGGCCUGGGACACGGUCAAGCACCUUCCCUUCGCUGUCCCGUUUCAGGACAUGAAGCCUACAAUUUAUCUGGAUCCUUUCUUGCCACGUGUUGUCGAGCUCGCCACAACUUCGAGCAAUCGACAGACAAAGGUAGCCGCAUGUGAGCUGCUCCAUACAUUGGUCCUUUACAUGCUUGGAAAGGGAGUAACACAACCGGAUGUUAAGAAGAGUCCAAUGCAGAAUCUGUGGAAGAAACUUAUUCCCGUAUUGCUGCAGCUUGCCUGUGACGUGGAGAGGGUCUCUGCCCAGCUCUUUCAUCCCCUAGUCAUGCAGCUUAUUCACUGGUUCACGAACAACAGGAAGUAUGAGAGCCCAGAGACCAUAGCUCUACUUGACGCCCUUCUGGAAGGCGUGGUUCACCCGACUGACACGAGUCUGCGUGAUUUCAGCGCCCAGUGCAUACGGGAAUUCCUCCAAUGGUCCAUCAAACAGACCUCUGCAAAGCAACUGGAAAAGAGUCCUAUUAACAUCAAGUCUUUACUGAAAAGACUGUACAGUCUUGCUCUCCAUCCAAACGCAUCUAAGCGUCUUGGCGCGUCCCUGGCAUUCAACAGUAUUUACACUGUCUUCAGGGAAGAGCGAUCACUGGUUGAUGUGUUUGUGCUUGAGAUACUAGUGACGUACCUUGAGAGUUUGGCCCUCGCACACACCGACGACCCUGCGCAAGGUACACAGGAUCAGUGCUCACAGGUGAUCUCACAUCUGGAGCGCAUAAUUAAAACAAAGGCUACACUUCUAGACAAGGAAAAUAAGCAAAGACGAAUUCCAAGGGGUUUUCAGAUGCUGGAUAGUAUAACCCUAAGCCACUUGAUUCCGCUUCUCAUCAAACUAUGUGGAAAACCACAAACUGAGUGUCGCCAUCAGUGCAUGAAGCUCGUCUGCCAAGUUACGCCUCUCCUACAUGGUAUCGGAUCAGCUGCCAUUUGGAUGAAAAACACGCACAAGGAACAUGACUCAUUCUUCGUGCGCAGGUUUGAGGGAGGAGGUGGACGAGGCAAUGGUAUUCUCACCUACCCCACCCUGGCGGAUAUGGGCGGAGCUUUCUCCCUAAAGGAAACCUUGCUGUGGUUCCACUAUCUUCUCGCUGCGUUGGACUGCUAUACGUGGGUGUUCGGGGAGCAGCUGCUCCCCCCAGCAGAUCUUCUAAGUCCGCGUGAAGGGUCAAAGUACUCCAGCGUGCUGUUUACUUCGCUAUCUUACUUCCUGAGUAACCUGGCCAUGCUUGGAAUCCAGGCCGCUAUAAAGUGCUUUCCAAAAACCACACACAUCACUGACGUUGCAACGCCCAAAGAAAUGGACGAAUACAACAGAGUCAAGUGCACUGUUAUAGUGCGCAUCAUGAACUUCUUCACUGUGUUGCUACAGGCCUACCCCGACCAGGGCUUCAAGAUCGUGCCAACUUCUCUAUGGUCGGAUGAUCUGUUCACUGUGGUCUUCAGCUGUGCCUUGGAACCUGCCCUGAUUGGCUUUAAUGUGGGAGACGUGGAGGUUAUCGAGAAGCUUCCAGAACAGACAAGUGCUGUUUGUAUCGCGCUCACGAAAUUGCCAGAGCCCCACUUGGCUAAUUUCAAAAAUUGCCUUGCACGGAAGCUGGCUUUAGGGAGUCGCUGUAAUCUGUUUGAGAAGCUGCCCAUCCCCCUAGCUGGAGAAGACUCAAGAGUUGAUCAUCUCUACUUGUCACACCUCGUGACCGGCUACAAACAACUGCACGCGGCAGGGCUGCUGAUGGAUGUCAUGCUAACAAGGGGUAGUACCAAGCCCCUCGAGUACGGGUCCCGGCUACUUAAUGCCGUGUAUGAAGGAGCCUGCAGGGCAGCUGUCAGAACCAGCGGUAGCAUUAUUGUGCUCAGCCCAGCCUCCCAUCAGCUCGCAUGCAAAUUGCUGGAGCUUGCAUUUGAUCUUGGAAUAGAACACAUAACACUUCAGCGAUGCAUUAUACAGACCACGCCUGACGGCUCCAGUGUUGGCGCCGUGUUUUACACGACCUUUCAGGCGAGCAUCAACACGUACUUAAUAAAGAAUGCACAAAGUCACAUCCCACAGCUGGUCUCCAUGGCAACGUCUUAUUCCUCACAUGUGUGCAGCAUUCUUAACUCCAUCCUGGAUCAAUUCAACCGCGACAAAACCUCCCGAAAAAGAUAUGGCAGCGUGGUUUGUGCGAGCAUCGUGAACUCAUGGGAGGUGUUUAGUAGCCUCUGGGACAUGUCUUCAAGUAGCGAGUUAAAACAAGCUUUGCUUGAAAUCAUGAAGAAACUACUGCUGUCAGAUCCCAAGUGUCUCAUUGAUCCUGCUAAGCCUGCCUUCCAGAUUGUUCUAAAAAUGUUCACUUCUGUCUUUGACGACAAAAAUCUGACGCUUACAUUCAAGAGCCGAGCUGUUGAGCUUUUUCCGUAUUUCAAGAACCUCCCGGACAAUUACCAGUCCCAACUGAAGUCUUGCAUCGACACUCUAGUCACGGAUAAUUUCCCUCUAAAGUCAACUGAGUUUAUUCCUGGCAGCCCUAGAUACAAUGACUACAUAGCAACGCUUGAUAAGCUACUCGUUACAAUGGUAACCUCAGGGAGUCUGGUACUGCUGCAAGUGAUAACCGCUGUACUCUGUCGAGAGGAGCGUCAUGUUCACGAGGAGGAAAUCCAGAAAUCUCUUGCUGCAUUUAUCCAAAGACUUGCACCAUCUUCAUCUCUAGUGAAAGGUGCUGUGGAUGUCACGUAUCGAAUCUUUACAAACGAGCGUGACCACACGAGUAACGUGCGGCUUGCCGUACUAGAUCGAGUAUCAGUCACGCUCCUCUGUAACGCAUCCAAGGCAGGCGUGUCAGAGUUCUUUAGUAGUCACGUCAAGGAGAUCAUGGAAAUUAUUGAAGCUAAGCAGCUGAAGACGUAUGACCCAGGGUUUGAGAGCCAGCUUGUGUCUAAGAUGUGCGCGUUUCGUAUGAUUGAAGUUCUGUACAGUCGAUUGGGUAAAGCAGAACUGAACAGUCCCCAGUCUUCCAUCAACUUAGCAUAUUGCCCAAAUGACAACACAGGCAAAGAGCUCACCAAGGCUAUCACCAAGAGCGCCCAUGCUGCCAAGAGCGAGGACAUGCGAGGAGAGACUGUCGCUUUUGAGCUUAGAAGACAGCUGCACUGUGCAGCAUACAACGCGCUUCUAGCGCUAAUAUCCUGCACACAGACAGAGCUAAAAUUCUACACAGCUUUCCUCUUCAACGAAAACCCAGUCAAGGGCCAGUUCCUCCUGGAUAAUCUGAUUGAUACGGACAGGAAAUAUGAGUUUGAGGUCGAACUGUCGACACCGCUUGAGAGGAAGAAGCAGAUGACGUCAAUCAGGAUAAACGCCCGAGUGCAAAGUGAUCAGGUGGAGGAAGCUUUGUCUCAAGGUCGGUCUGUGCGUUAUCUGUCGUCUCAGUAUCUCGCCGAUAGCAGCUUGAGUGAAGAAGUCAGUCAGUUCGACUUCUCUACACCAGUCCAGGCAUUCUCUGCUACAGACAUCACGAAGGUACAAGCAUCAGACAACCAGUACGAAGGGGAAGACUCUUAUGAAAUUGGUGAAGAUGUAGAGAUGGACGAGCUCAAUUCACACGAAUGUCUGACAAAAAUUUGCUCCUUGCUCACGCACAUGAAGGAGAGUAACAUAUCUCCACAACCAGAUAAGGGAGCGCUUCCUAAAGACAUGCCAUCUUGGAUGAGCGCUUUGCACAAGAAACUCACGAACUUUGAAACGCACCUCAACAUCCAGCUGUUUAUCGCGAAGGUUAUCAUCAAUCAAUCCCAGGUAUUUGAGCCUUACGCACGGUUUUGGUUGUCCCCACUUAUGGAACUAAUUCUCAAACUUAUCGAGGAAGAAGGCGAGAAUAAACGAGGACUUAACUACUUCGUGGUCGACCUGCUAGUCACUAUUCUCUCCUGGGCUACCACAGCCAUCCCAGAGGACUCAUAUGGCGAUCGCCAUCUGGCCAGCCGUCUUCUGCAAACGGUCAUGCGCAGGACCCACCAUGAGAACCGCGCGGUGUUUAAGAACAAUCUGGAGAUAGUCAAGACGAUGGUCGAGGUGUGGCGAGAGCGGAUCACCGUCCCCACAAAGGUGAUAUACGAAGCACUUUCAAACCCUCACCCUGAUAAGAAAGACAACGCUACUGGGAUCCAGCUGCUCGGAGUUGUCCUUGCAAACAAGAUUCAUCCAUUCAGCAGUGACUCGUCUGUUGAUGAGAACACGUUUUAUACAGCACUGUCAGACAACCUCACUUUCAAGUACAAAGAUGUCCAUGCGCCCGCGGCAGAGGUCAGCGGUAUGCUGAUGAAGUACCUGAUCGAGGAGCGCAAGGUCACUGAGUGUAGUUUGAUUGCAUUGGUGGAGGCGAAGCUCUCCCCUAUGGCAACCAAAGGGGGUAAAGACAUCGGCAAAUUCAUCACCUGUGUGCAUAGACUACAACUUAACUACCCACGAAUAGUGGACAGGUUCAUGAAGCACAUUAUGUUUCACCUGCCGACUAUCCAUGGCGUGUUCAAAGCGCAGUGCCUGGAAAUCGUCCUCUCCCGCGUCAGUGACAUUCCUGAUUUGUUCACUGAGCUACGCAGCAAAGGGCUCAAUGUCAUGUUCGAGCACAGGGAUGAAGGUGUGCAAGUCGCAUUACUCAAGAUUAUCCAGGGUCUCCUGGAAAAACUGAAGAUGAGUGAGAUUGAGUAUGUGGUGCCCUCCAUCGCUACCAUGGCAACCAGCUCUAGCACUGCAUGCCGGGAACUGAUGUAUGAUAUUUUCAUGUGGGUCUAUGAUACCUACAGAUCAGACGAAACAUUCCGUAACGAGGAGGGGUCGGAAGAGAUUCUUGCCACUGCUAAAGACUACCUUCUACGAGGGCUUGCAGAUGACAACAAAAUACUCAAACUAAAGCUGCAGAAUUUCUGGAGUGACGAGACACGACUUCCCAACACUACCCUUGAAAGACUGGUUGAUGUCCUACGUGCCAUGUAUUCAACUAACACUGAGCAACAGUACUUGAGCUAUACAACGAACUUGGUACUCCACUUGACCUCGUUUAGUCCGGACUUCGAAAGACUCAUGUUUGAGCAGCCUUUAUCAGAGUGCAAGUUUGAGGAAUACCCAAUCGACUACUCAUGGCAGCAGAGGCACGUUGUCAUGACCCCCCUGUUUGCCGCUACACAAGGAAGCACCCAGAGCCAUUCCCAGGGGGGCUCACUCGAGCCGGGUGCGCUCAGAGCUACGCAAUUCAGGGUGGAGUUCACCCCUACCAUGGAUCAGGGCCUGACGCAGGCGUUCGACUGGCUGAAUCCAAGCAGCCAGGCUGACUCUGUCCAGUCCUUCACGGUUGGCUCUUCUGAGGCCCAGUCCUCGCUCCUAUUCGGAACAAAACCCAGGGCAUCUCAGAGGAGCCUCAAACCUGUACCACACGAUUUUGGGUCUCGUCGGCUUGCCCCCACUCAAUCAGACUCCCAACAGGCCACCCCAGCAAUGGGUUCUCAGCAGCAGGAGAUCCUCCGACUCAAGCGUCGCUUUACCAAGGACUCCCAGACGAAGGACAGGCAGUAUUUUAUAAGAAUGCACGAAAAGAAACGGCAAAUGCUGCAGCAAACCCAGAGCCGCCUGAAGGCAGCCAGAGAGAGCCAGGUCGUCAUGUACCGAAGAUACCGAGCUGGCGAUCUACCGGACGUUCAAAUCAAGCAUUCAGAACUGAUAGCACCGCUACAGGCAGUCGCUCAGUGUGACAGCACUUUGGCAAAGCAGCUGUUCAGCGUCCUGGUACAAGCCAUUCUCAGCCAGAUGGACGAGAAACUGACCGAACAAGAUGCAGAGAAAACCGUGACCGACAUACAGGGCGCACUUGACAAUAUCAUGACGUCAUCGACGCAGUUCUACCCGCCAUUCAUAUCGUGCAUCGAGGAUAUCUGUUACCACAAGUCAAUGUUAAAACUUCAACCAUCUUCUGUGAGCACGGCGUCCCUUGCAAGCCUACAGCAACCUAUGGGUAUUUUGUUGCUUGAGAAGCAACUGCUGUCCCAGGAGGCGGAGCCUAAAAGCCAUAAGCGCAUGCGCACUGAGCAUUCUCCGAGCUCAGACACCACUGCUGCCUGGCUUGAGCUGGCAAAGUUGUACCGGUCCGUGGAGGAGUUUGAUGUGCUUCAUGGGAUAUUCAGUGACCACAUAGGAACCAAGCCUAUUACCCGGCUUGCACUGGAGGCAGAAGCUCGUGGAGACUAUGCGCAGGCGCUUAAAAUCUACAAUGAGGCCAUGUCUUGUGAUGAUUGGUCGAGCAAGCCCCAGCAACAAGAGGAGGACCUUUGGGAUGACGCAAGAAUGCAGUGCUUCGCUAACCUCGCCAAGUGGGGGGAUUUGGAGGAGUACUCAAAAACGGGUGUGGAUGACGAGGGAAACCCGCCGGAUCUUGACAAGAUCUGGACAGAUACGUACUUGCAGGAACACUACCUACCUUUCAUCAUGCGCAGUAGUAUCAAGUUGAUCUGCGAGGGAGAAGAAAGGCCUUGUUUCCUGGAAUUUCUGAGGCAUUCCAUGAUGAAUGAAGAGAGGAAAGCUUUUCUAGAGAGCCGAUAUGGGGAUGACUUGGCUUUGCUCUUCAUUCUUCGGGACGACUACGGUCGCGCACGAUAUCACGUGACUAAUUGCUUCCAGGCGUUUCUCAAGGACUGGUCUGGGCUGAGUUCCAUGAUGGUCAGCAGUCGAGCUUCCAAGCUUCAGUCGAUACAGAAAAUCACGGAAAUGCAGGAAUUCUUAGAAUUCGUGGUUAAAGAAGAGAACUUUUGCGGAACAGGAGCGCUGGAAGACCUUUUCUCCCGGUGGUCUGUGCGCUUUCCCAACUCUAAACUCCAUCCAAUCAGCGUCUGGGAUGACGUUAUCACAAACAGGUCUGUCUACAUGAGCAAAUUUUUCGCGAGAUUUGAGAUGGUGAAUGGAGGCGGUAGCAGGCCCGACUCUAUGGAUGUUGAUGGGGAGUGGUCUUGCCCUAGUGUUGAUGCGCUUAGAGAAAGAAUCACUCGAGAGGAAGUCGCUCUGCAGCUCAAAAUGGUCCAAGCCGCCAGAGAACAGUCCAAUUUCCCGGUUGCUCAUCGGUAUCUACGAGAAUCCCUCAAAUCCAUCAAAGACGUCUUGCAUGGGGACGAGAACCUUCACGUGAAGUGGACCCACGCUUACGCCGUCACACAACAGAAGAAAGCGCAUGGACUCAUGGCGAUUGACGCUGUACAGACUGCGUUGAGUACCGUGAGCAAGCUGGAUUCCCACACUGACAGUAAUACCCUGGCAAAUGACCCGGUCAUAGCAUUACGUCAUCACAUUCUGAGGAGCCGCUGCUUUGAUAUCCUCACCGAUGCGAUCGCAGGCGCAGAGAGUGUAGUUUUGUCAGCUCUUGGUGACAGCAACAUGCAGCGACUGGGGGAAGCUUGUGGCUGCGGCGGAGACGUCUCUCAAGAGAAGAUCGUGAGCCAGUUGAUUACUCGCUCCUUCACCUCGCUCCAAGAAGCUAACAAAGCCGCCAAACAGGCUGCGACUUCCAGUAGUGAUGGGAGCACUACCUGUAUGGUGGAGGCGAUGAUGGCAAUGGUGCCAUUCUGUGAUCGCGCGCUGCGCAGAAAAGAAGAUGAUUCCGAUUGUGCGCCCGAAAUCGACAUCCAGCGUUUCCCGGAGUUCGUAGUUCGUUACGUGCUGAAGGCAAUGGAGCAUGGGUCAGAGGAGGCCCGUAACCGGUUUCCAAGGCUGCUUCAGAUAGUUGAGCUUUACCCUCAUACCCUCGACAGCUUCGUCAAAAAGGUGGAGACUGUCCCGUGCUGGAUGUUCAUCGGCUGGAUCAACCAGAUGGUUGCAUUGAUGGACAAGAAGGAGGCGCGUGCGGUUCACGGAAUUGUGACGGAAAUCGCGAAAAACUACCCUCAGGCGUUGUGUUACGCGUUCAAGGUCAGUAGCGAGCAGUUUGUGUUUGACAGCAGCCCCGAGGGUAACACCAAUAGGAAAGCGGUUGAGAGAAUACGAAAGUUGCUUGAGUCGCCGCUUAUGGACAGUUUUAUCGCCGCACUGGAGCAACUUCAUAACCCCGAAAUGGCUUUCAAGGACUGGUGCGAUGGAGAAAUCAAACAGUUACUUCAAACAAAAAACAAGAAGGCCAUCAAAGAAGCGUUUCGUAGUAUCUACAAGCAGCUUUUUGACUCGAGCGUCAACAGAGCUACAGACUCGUCACAGCCGGCAGCAGAAGAAAUGGGACCUUUUAGGAAGAAAUUCUCCAAGGAGCAUGCGUCGAGGUUUGAGAAUAUAUUCGGUAAAGACGGCGAGAAGCUUGUAAAUAUGUCACUUAAGGAAUUUGGACCAGAGACCGCGAAACUUAAACAGCAGAUGGUCUCUAAACCCCCAGGAAAUCUCAAGGAGUAUUCGCCAUGGUUGACAAAUUUCCAGGCUGACUCCCACGCGCAGAAGCUGGAGGUGCCGGGUCAGUACACCGGUCAGAGCAAACCGAUGCCUGAAUACCACGUGAAUAUCGCAGGGUUUGACGAAAAGGUGCUUGUCCUGGCAUCGAUUCGUAAGCCGAAGCGAGUCACCAUCCGUGGUGAUGAUGAGAGGGACCACAUGUUCCUCGUGAAAGGCGGGGAAGACAUUCGACUAGAUCAGCGGAUUGAACAGCUGUUUUGCAUGAUGAACGAAGUAAUGUCCGAGGAUCCGGCAUGCAGUCAGCGUAAUCUUAGAUUACGGACGUACCAAGUCAUCCCCAUGACCCAACGGGUUGGACUGAUUGAAUGGCUCAAGAACACCAAACCACUCAAAGAGCUUCUUCACAUCGCGGCGACAGAAUCAGAGAAACAAGCCAUGGCUAGUGCCAGGAAUCUACACCAGAAAUGGGUCAACAAUUUUGUCGUGAUGGACAAGAAAAAGAAUGUUUAUCUAGCAGCCACUUACGGCAAUAUUUACAGGGAGGCAAAUCGAACAGAUACUGAAAGUGAAUUCAAGAAAAAACAAGCCCAAGUACCAUGGGAUUUGUUAAGGCGGGCGUUCCAGCAGCUGGCCGCUUCCCCUGAGGCCUACCUGACGCUUCGCACACACUUCGCUCGGACGCACGCGUGCAUCUGUAUCUGCCAGUAUGUCCUGGGCAUCGGCGACAGACAUUUGUCCAACUUCCUGGUCGAUAUGCGAACAGGCGGUCUGAUCGGCAUAGAUUUUGGACACUCCUUUGGAUCAGCCACACAGUUCCUACCGGUCCCUGAGCUGGUUCCAUUCCGUCUGACGCGUCAGUUCACGAACUUGCUACUCCCGCUCAAGGAGAGUGGACUGGUGCGAAACACGAUGAUCCACGUGAUGCGAGCCUUGCGAGGAAACCACGAGCUGCUUCUCAACACAAUGGAUGUGUUCGUCAAAGAGCCGUCCCUAGACUGGCAGAUGUUUGCCAGAAAGCAAGCGGAAGAUCAGCAUAUGGAAAUUGUUGUACCUUUUACCACAGACGAAGACCUUACUUGGUACCCGAGAGAAAAGGUUCUGACGGCCCAGCGAAAGCUAAAAGGGGCCAAUCCAGCAUUUGUGACAAGACAAGAACUGGAACUUGGUCAUAGAAGGCGUUCUUGGUUCCGUAAUCUGCAAUCGGCGUGUCUGGGAGAUCGCAGGCACAACGUCCGCGCGCAGAAGGAGGAGAACGAGUUAACUUCAGAGGCGCAAGUCGACUGUCUCAUCGAUCAAGCCACGGAUGUCAACAUUCUCGGCAGGGCGUGGGAGGGAUGGGAGGCAUGGGUGUGACCCGUACUAGAAAAACUUACUCAGGGCAGAAAGUCCAGCUAAUCACCCCAAUAUGUUGUCUUGUCAACAUUCUUUGAAGGGUAUGGGAGGCGCGGGUAUGACCCUUACUAGAAAAACUAAGAAAGACCAGCUGAUCACCCCCAAGAUGUUGUCUUGUUAACAUUCUUUGAACGAAUUCGGAGGCGUGGGUGUGACCCGUACUAGACACACUGACACAGUAUAUUCUGUUUUAUCCAUAAAUUCGCACAAUUCCAUGGAAACUCCGAAUAUGUAGUUGUAAACAUGCCAAUGAACUGACGAGUGAGGUAUAAAUUGACUGGUUUCAAUGGCACAUUAUAUACUCAUCGGUAAUAAAAAUUGCAUAGUCAAAA